AUGCCCACCGACGACAUUCUCAGCCGCGUUCGUCUGCUUGACAUGGAGGUCUCGGCUAUGCAAACCCAAAUCCAGCGUCUGUCGCAUCAAAAGGGUGACCUUUCUAAGAAGAUCAAGGACAACACCGAAAAGGUGAAGGUCAACAAGCAGCUCCCGUAUCUAGUCGGGAACAUCGUCGAGAUUUUAGACAUCGAGGAGGAGGAGGAGGAGGAUGGCGCUAACGUCGAUCUCGACUCCCAGCGCAAGGGGAAGGCCGUCGUGCUCAAGACCUCCACCAGGCAGACUAUCUUUCUUCCGGUUAUUGGACUCGUCCCGGCAGAGGAACUCAAGCCAGCGGACCUUGUCGGGGUGAACAAGGACUCGUACUUGAUUCUCGAAAAGCUCCCCGCAGAAUACGAUUCGCGCGUCAAGGCGAUGGAGGUCGAUGAGAAGCCUACGGAGACGUAUGCCGAAGUUGGUGGUCUGGACAAGCAGAUUCAGGAACUUAUUGAAGCUGUCGUCCUGCCCCUCACACAUAAGGAACGCUUCGACGCCGUCGGUAUUCGCCCUCCCAAGGGCGUGCUUAUGUAUGGACCUCCUGGUGUCGGUAAAACGCUUCUCGCGCGAGCAUGCGCGGCUCAAACGAACGCCACUUUUCUCAAGCUUGCCGGUCCGCAACUUGUGCAGAUGUUUAUCGGAGACGGAGCAAAGCUUGUCCGCGAUGCGUUUGCGCUCGCAAAGGAGAAGGGCCCAACCAUCAUCUUUAUCGACGAACUGGAUGCCAUUGGGACAAAGCGUUUCGACUCGGAACUUAGCGGCGAUCGCGAAGUGCAACGUACUAUGCUCGAGCUGCUGAACCAGCUGGAUGGCUUCUCAUCGGACGAUGAGAUCAAGGUGAUAGCGGCGACCAACCGUGUUGAUAUUUUGGAUCCCGCGCUGCUGAGAUCUGGGCGUAUCGAUCGCAAAAUCGAAUUUGUAUUGCCGGAUGAGACGGCUAGAACACGAAUUUUGCAGAUCCACUCGAGAAAAAUGAAUGUGAAUAAGGACGUCAACUUUAGUGAGGUCUCUGCACAGUGUCAACAGUUCAACUCGGCUCAGUUGAAGGCGGUCACCGUUGAAGCUGGCAUGCUUGCACUACGUAAUGAACGAUCGGAAAUUGUGCAUGAAGAUUUUGUCGAGGGCGUGUUGGCGGUGCAGGCUAAGAAGAAGGGGUCUUUGCAUUACUACUCGUAACCGUAAACUAAAAGUUAACGUCUGUAUCUUUUUCUUGUUUAUGCUUUGAUUCCCGAUAGUGCAUGAGCAUGGACAGAAAGAUGUCUGUUUGGUAGCGGUUUACACUAUGAAGCUGCGGUCAUU